AUGGCCAAGGACCCGGAGCCCGAGUUUUACCUUAGGUGGAAGCACUGUGAGACGCCGGGGGUCAGGACCCUGUGCAACCUGUCCAAGCUUCUGAAUGGCAUCCAGAGGGCGCACAAGGAGGAUAUCUGCCGGUACACGUCUGGGCACCUGAACCCCAACAAGCUCUACAGGCCUCCUGAGACCAUCCUGCAGCACUGGGCCAAUGCCAACAGGCCCAGGCAGGAGAUGGCACCGGGAGCCCAAUGGCUGCCCGAAGGGCAGACCCAGGAGAUGAAGGACGCCUGGGCUUAUUUCACCCUCCACACGGCUCUGGUUCCUGCCGACGCCCAGGACACGCAGCUGUUCAAGUAUCUGAACCCAUCAGCACAGACCGUCUGCACCUCAGAAGAGAGCUUCACUCCAGCGAAGGCUCUGAGAGAGCAGGAGGAGGCCACAGGGCGCCCGAGAGAGGAGCUGCGGCUGCCGGACGUGAAGGUGCUGCGGUACCGGGCGGCCGAGUCCAGCCGUCGGUGCGUCCUGGGGCCGCCGGCCAAGGACCGGUACCAGUACGUGAGCUCCUACCUGGCGGGCAUCACGAAAGCAGACAGGUACAGGAAGCUCCUGAGCUUCCAGAAAGAGGUGCUUGUAAAGGAGGAUCUCCCGAGGAACGAGUUCAGCGCACGCAAGGCGGCCCUGUGCCACGAGAAGAAGUUGGCAGAGGAGCUCCAGAAGGUAUGCACGUGCAACCCCUUGCAGUUCAACAGGCUGCAGGUCUUCGGGGAAGUCUUUGAAGACGUUUGCAACAGUUCUCUGAUAUUCGGGGACCUCUUGAAAGAAGUGAAGGAGGAGUACGAACUGUACAUGGCAAUACUCCUGGACUCCCAGCCCACAGCACAGCAUAAGACUUUUCUGGCUGAAAUCAGAGGACUGGAGAGGAGUCCUGUGCAGACAGCAGACGUGGACCGCGCCAGGGAGGAGCUGAGGCAGCUGGGGAAGGCCAUCAGAGCAGCCAUGGAGCGGAACGACAGGCUCAGAGAGGAGUUAGCGGUGGAGCGGGAGCUGCUACGGUCGGCUAGGAAGAAGUCAGAAUCCUCCGAGGAGAAUGUAAUUGACGAGGAGCAACUUACUCUGAUUCAGAAGGUUGAAAGGAAGCGGUGUGAGAUACUUAACAAGUGGGAUGAAAUUCAAGCUCUUGAGAAACAAAUUAAAACAACUCUGGUUCACACAAGAAUUUCAGAUAUCACGGAAAAUGGAAUUAAGAGCAUGGAGAAUGAAGCUUUGAAGUUGGAAACAUCAAAUAAAAUUUUAGAGAAGAAAAUAAAAAUUAUUGAAAACCACGUGAGGCACAGCAUGAGAAGGAACAAGAUCAGUGAGGAGGAUCAGCAAAACAACAGAGUUGCAUGUAACAAGUUUGAAAAGCUCCUUUCACAGCCAGAAUGUAAGCAGUGCACCAUUCGACCUUUAGACAUCCCCGUCUUCAUCAUCGGCCCCUGUGGCCACACUUACCCUUCGUCUGAAGAUGCCACAGUGAAAGGCACCUAA